AUGACAGACUUUGAAGAGAAACUGAUCAAAUCUCCUGAACCUUCCUUGGAACAGUUGGUCGACAGAACUAAGUUUAUGCUUCCAAGGUGGUGCAAGAGCAGAAGCCUCCAGUCAGUACUAGCUGCUGAAGACACCGGAGAAGCAGAGAGGGAGGUAUUGAAGAUGAAGGUUGAAGAGGCCACAGCAGAUGCUAUCCCAGAAGCGAAAGAAGUACCGGAAGCGAAAGAAGUACCAGAAGCAAUCCAAGCAAUAAAAGAUACCUACGAUCCUAAAACAAUCGAAAUCGGAUCAGACUUCAAACCUGAACUUAGACAGGAUCUUCAAGAAUGCAUCAAAAGAAAUUCAGAGGUAUUUGCCUGCUGGAGCUACGCUGACAUUGCCAGGAAAUCGCGAUUCAAUAGCAGGAAGCAAGCAGAGCACUUCAUUCCUACUGAUCCAAACGUUAAACCGGUUAAACAGAAAAGGAGAAGGGUCAGACCAGAAUGGCAGGAUAAGAUCAAAGUUGAAGUCCAGAAGCAAUUAGAUGCAGGAUUCCUAGAAGUAGUUCACUAUCCGGAAUGGUUGGCUAAUAUAGUCCCGGUGCUAAAGAAGGAUGGGAGGAUAAGGGUCUGUAUCGACUAUAGGAACCUGAACAAAGCCUCGCCUAAGGAUGACUUUCCACUUCCGCACAUAGAUGUUUUGAUCGACAGUACUGCCGGAAUGGGAUGUUAUUCUAUCAUGCGGAUUCUCCGGGAUACAACCCAAAUAUUGAUGGCUUUAGUAGACAAGGCCACCAAAAAAAAGACUUGCAUUCACCACGGAUUCGGGGACCUUUUGCUAUAG